AUGUUGGGGUCGGUGAAAAUGGAAUCACAUGAAGUUCCCGAGUGGAACAGUUUGUAUUCAGACCCAGGCGAGAUCUACCCUGUGGCGAGCAGUAUGAAUCCCGGCCUGAGCACCAUGAACACAAUCAACAGCUACAUGAGCAUGAAUUCCAUGGGUUCGGUCGGAAACCUUUCUCCAGCCUCACUCAACAUGUCCUACACCAACCUCAGCCCGCCCCUCUCAGUCUUACCAGGCGCCGUCAGCCCAAUAACCAAUGGCCUAUCAUCCAUGCAUAGCUCGAUGAGCCCUGGUGUUUGUCCGGCAGGGGGCCAGGCCACCCCCAUCAACUCGCUGUCUCCCUACCAGCCCAUGGGCCAAGGCCUGGGGUCCCUGUCGCUAUCCCCAGCGUUGAACAGGGGAAAGGACCCAAAGCCGUACCGCCGAAACCUCAGCCAUGCGAAGCCGCCCUACUCCUACAUCUCCCUGAUCACCAUGGCCAUCCAACAGUCCUCCAACAAGAUGCUGACCCUGAACGAGAUCUACCAGUGGAUCAUGGACCUCUUCCCAUACUACAGAGAGAACCAGCAGAGGUGGCAGAAUUCCAUCCGCCAUUCCCUCUCGUUCAACGACUGCUUCGUGAAGGUGCCCCGGUCACCAGACAAACCCGGGAAGGGCUCGUACUGGACCCUGCACCCCGACUCGGGGAACAUGUUCGAGAACGGCUGCUACCUCCGCCGGCAGAAGCGCUUCAAGUGCCAGAAGGAGAAGCUCUCACCCCGGCCGCCUCUGGAACCGGGCGUCAAGGGCUUGGAGGGCGGCCCAGAUGGGAAGAACUCCAGCCCCAGCUCCGAGGAUGCGGAGUCCAGUAGGUCUGACACCUCCCCGGGCUCCGAGGAGCAGCGGACCCUGACCGAGCUCGGCUGCCGCCGGGUGGACAACCCAUCUUCGGUUCCCGGGCCUUCGCCAUCUCCAGCUGCUAUGCACCAGACGAUGGUCCAUCACCUCCUCCCGCCUUCGGUCCAGCACCUGCCUGACCUCCAGAGCGAGCUGAAGCUGGACCCUCACUACAGCUUCAACCAUCCCUUCUCAAUCACAAACCUGAUGUCCUCCGAGCAGCCCCACAAGGUGGACCUGAAGCUCUACGACCAGCCCGCUCACUACAACAACAUGUACAACACACUGCUCAGCAAAAAUGGCUUCGAGACGCCCGUCACGAUGAACGAUCCCGGCUCCUAUUAUCAGGUGAUGUACAACAGAUCCGUCCUCAACACUUCGUAA